AUGAAUCAAGCGUCUCCAACAUUUGAACUUGCGCCGGCGACUCGUGCAGAUAUACCCCGACUCGCUUACGUUCACGUCGUUGCUUGUCUCCCCGACAAUGCUUUUGCCUUGUACUUCGACAAUCCAAAAGAAUUCGAGCAAAGAGUGACGGAGAUGCUCGAAGGUCAAAUCGGUGACCCAAACUGGCAGCAUAUCAAAGUAGUCGACAAGGAUACGGGCGAGAUUACUGCUUGGGCCUCAUGGAAUACUCCAGCCCAUGUGGAAAUCAGAGAACGAGAUGAGAAGGCUGCAGCGAAGAUCUUAGCUUCGAAAAAGGAUUUGGCUAAAGGCGAAUUUGACUCCCCCCCUGGUCUGCCGAUGUUCGUACAGGCUGACACCGAUCGAUGGCUGGAGAGAUGGACUAAAGGUCAACGUCACAUUCUUUGCAAAGUCAUUUUUACAGAACCGACUUUCCGACGACGUGGUAUGGGUAAUGCUCUCGUUGAAUAUGGCAACAAACUGGCGGACAAGAAGGGCUUGCCCAUAUUCACGCAAGCUUCGCCUUUUGGCUUUCCGCUUUAUACGAAGCAUGGCUUUGAAACCGUACAGUGUUUGAGUGUAGAUCUCAGGGAGUGGGCACCAAAUGCCAAGGGCAAUUAUAAGGGUUAUGGAAAUUAUAAGUCCCGCUAUAUGCAAAGGCUUCCGCAAAUGCUCCCGGAACCUAUCUGA